CCUGUGACUCAACACUCGGCGCGACUUAUCACCGCAACUGAGAGGUAUAUAAUUAAAAAAGAGGUAAAGCUUGUCCUUCUAUUACAUGUACUUACUUCUCGCAUCCCUUAGAAGAUCCAGCGUUAAGUUGCACCGUUACUCGAGACGCCCUUUUUUAUCCAAUGCCCAGGGCGGUUGCACAGCCUCACCCACUACUUCCGUUGUAUAAGCGUGAAGUCACAAAAAUCAAUUUUAAUGUAAUUUUGCGUCAUGCAAAGAAAACGUCAUUUUUAAAGACUGUAUCAAACGUAUUAAAGUGCGACCAAAAAAUUACUAAAAUGCUAUCAAAUUCUGACCUGAUUGAACUAUUCACAUUUUGGAGCAUUAUCCAAUCUACAUUAUCAAGCAAUGAGGAUGAACAUUUAUCGACACCAUUUUUUGAUUCGGUUAGCAUUGAAAGUAUUAAUGUUGAAGAUUCAUUGGAUAUGCCACCACCCGGUCUCCUACGAAUGGAUCUAACUGGACAAUUGAGAAGAACUAUGAUCUAUGUGCGGAUUGCACGUAGUAAAGUCAUCUAAAAGAAGUAUAGUAUGUUCACCUUUAUCUGCACUUCUGCCGCUGGGUAAGCUGAUGAUGGGAUCUAGUAGUAGAAAUCACCAAGAACUGAAGAAUGCCACAGGAUACAGUCGUUCCAGGGUUGACGAUAAUUUCUUCGAGGUGAUUGAUCGUCUAACAUAUAUGAAUGGCAAUGUUCAGCUUAGCAUAGCAAGCAGACUGUACGUCUCUGAUAAAUAUCAGUUGAAUCCUGCUUUCGAUGCUAAGGUCAAAGCUGUUUUCGAGUCCAGCUGCGAAAGAGUAGACUUUCUGAGACCGCAAAAAACGGCUGAAUUAAUUAAUGACUGGGUCAGACAAAAAACCAAAGGCAUGAUAAACAGCUUGGUAGAACCUAAUCAGAUUUCAAUAACGACAUCUCUUCUUAUAACCAACGCUAUCUACUUUCACGGUCUCUGGAAAAAUUCAUUUACAUAUCAGAAUUUGGAACCUUUCAAAGCACCAGGUCAAGAUAUUAAUAUAGAAAUGAUGACUACAGAAGCACGUUUCAACUACACAAAAAACCACAAGUAUGCAGUAGAGAUAAUACAGAUACCAUACUCAGGCGAUGAGGUAUCAUUUGUUAUUGUAUUACCGUUUGAGAAUAGAAAUGUGGAUACAUUUUUGUGUAAAACAUUAGCAGCACCUGAGACUUGGAACAUGUUAUUUGAAUCAAUGGUAGAAACGAGAUUAGCACUUACCAUUCCAAAAUUCGUAACAAGUACUAAAUUGGAUUUGAACAAAAUAUAUAAGAAGGUCGGGUUAAAAGAUAUAUUUGAAAAAGAUAACAGUGUAUUAACCAAAGUGUUGUCCAAACAAAAGAUUUAUGUCUCGGAGAGUAUCCACGUUGCCGUUAUUGAGGUAGACGAGAAAUCAUCAAAAGCCUCUGCUACGAAAUUAAUAUCUUCAUUUUCUGAUGGCAAUGCCAGACCACGGACCACUGAGGUUGUCGUUAAUCGUCCAUUUGUUUAUUUUGUGGUGGCAAAUACAGAACAAUUGUUUGCUGGUUUCUACAACGGAUUAUGAUUUCGGAAAAGACUACGUUUCAUGUCACAAUUAAAUAGCAUUUUAUUCAUUCAAAGCUAUGUACAAAACGAACUUAGGGAGCGAGAGAGAACAUCGACUAAGAAAUAUGCGUAAUUUUUAUUAUUUUAAUAUUCACAAUAAAUCUAGA